GAUGAGAAACCGCGGGAGCAGUUCAGUGAUUCUCGCUAGUGCUGGAGGAGCGUGCAUUUUGGCAAGGAAAUGUACUGAUUUUGCAAGGACAUGGAGAAUAAAGAGUUCAAGGAGUCAGAGGUCAGUGGGAAUGACCUCACCCUCAUAGACCUGGAUGACCCCAUCAAUGACGGUGAUGUUAUGAAGGAAGACAGAUCUGAUAAAGAUCACAGAGAGGUUGAGAGACAGACCACGUUGGAAGAGGCUGUUCUAGAGACAGAUAUCCAAACUCUGUCACUAGAGGCUGAAGGAGAGAUUGAGAUGCAGGAGGCUGAUCUGAAGACAGAUGGCACGUCUCAGUCACAGAAGGUUGAAGGAGAGAGUGAGUUGGACGAGGCCGUUGUCAUCCCAUCUCAGUCACAGGAGGAGGCCAAAGGUGAGAGUGAGUUGAAUCAGGUUGAUCUGAAGACAGCCACAUCAACUCUGACACUGGAGGUCGAAGGAGAGAGUGUGAUGCAGGAGAGUGAUGAUCUACAAACAGCCGGGACAUCUCAAUCCCAGGAGACUGAACGAGUGGCAAAGGCUGCAGUGGUGACCUUCACUAGCGUGACCCGCAAGGCUGCAGCCUCCCAGACCAGCCUCACCCUCAGCAGGGGAAAGAGAAGCUACCCAGACCUACACACCUUUGUGCAGGACAUGAAGGAUGGGUCCAUGACUUCCUUGCUGAGUGAGGAUGAAGAGCGAUAUGUCUCCUCACCUGAGGGUGGUGAUAGAGAGAUGAGACACAGACCCCACUCAGCACCACUGAGAUCUGUGUUUGGAAUCUCUGAGGAUUCUGUCUUCAACAUGGUCCAGAGCGGCCAGUCGCAGAGUGACAUCGUACUGUCGUCCAAUCUGUCAUCAUCUAUUUCUGACUCCACCUUGAAGCAGUUGUGUUGUAGCUCUGCUGUUGCUGCAGCAACUGUCUGUCAAGCAAUCAAAACGGAGCUCGAGAGCCAGAGACCUACCAACCUGUCAGCCAGAGACCUACUAUCGUCUCUGUUAGAGACCAUUGAGGACAUGGAUAUCUCUGAUGUCCUCCAGGGCCCGUCGGCCAUUUUGGAGGAGGCUGCUAUGAUAAAGCACCCAGAGAUGUCCACCUCGAUAAUAUACAGGUCUUUGCUUCUCGACUCAUCUCUCGCCUCCUCUAACAUGGUAACUGAGAGCAUUAUCUUCAACAGUCCACGCCCAUCAGAGGAGAAUGUGAGUAUUCAGAAGGUGCUCCCUGCUGAUAAAGUUGACAUCCUCCAUGGUCAACCAGUGGAGGAGUAUAUCAUCAAAGCUGAACAAUGCAUCACUCAGGUCAUUCAGGAUGCAGCUGUGACAUAUACUGGCGUGCUGGAUAAAACCGACACUUGUGGGAAACUGUCGGAAGUUCUGUCUGUCUGUGUUUCCGCGGAGAAUAUUGAGGAGGCAUCCUCUGAUCUAUUUGGUGGAAUUAUUUCCGACCUGCAUGAGGUAUUUGAGGUCAAUAAGGCCUCCAUGCGUACGAAAUCAGGUCGCAAAAUGUUCUGGGUGGAAGUGAGUUCAGGUUCCCAGAAGAUUUAUACCAAAACCUUGGACAAACUGAGGAAGCUUUUCACCUCUCACCUUCUCACCGAGGGAAAAAAUACUCCUGUGCAAAUUGAGCUCUAUGACACUGGACUACUUGUAACUGAGACCACUGUGGAGGUAUCUCCUGUACAGAAGACAGACAGUAAUACCUCUUCUAUGUCCUCAGCCUCAGCCCACCAGCUCACCCUCGACACCUGCACUAAAGGGGUCAUCAAACAGGUGAUCUCGGUGCUGAGGUUGGAGACUUCAAAGGAAGACCGCUUCGCUUCCGUUGGGGAGAACACGUCAAAUGCGUCCUUCGACUUCAACCAGAAGUUGGACUCGAUAAUUUUGAAAUUGGAGGACCUCAGCAUUUCGAGUGACGUGACGUCAGCCGAGAUUGCCACGCUCACGCGAUCUCGUAGUGCAGCCAGCAGAACCUCUAACAUUUCCAUCCAGAGCUUUCACAGUGCUGAGUUCCGAGCUAAGGCCACAGAGAUUGUGCGUGAGGCCAUUCUCAGAGCUGCUAGCGAAGCCAACUGUUUUUUGCCACAGAGCAUGCUGCCUAGCAUCACCUUCUCACACCAUGUGGUUUCUACAACUGAAGAUAUAUUGAAAAUGAUCAUGCAAGACCUUGAAAGUGUAUCCCAGUACACAGUGGAGGACGCAGACUCCUUCCCACUAGGAGAGAAAAAGCUGCAGUCCCAACUCAAUCCCAGAGGUGUCUUUGACAACUCAUUUUUUGCUGCUCAAAUCAUGUACCACAGAGUAAAGGAUAGACUGAACGUCUUUUUGUCUUUUCCACCCGUGUCAGUCACCACAGCCAAAGAUGUGCUGGACUUCACCCCUGUGGAGACACUCAGAUGUUCGAAGUCCCCUGACACUGCUCCUGUUAAGGACAGGAGCCGCCCUCCGUCUGUGAGAAGUGAGAAGCCAUUUUCAAAAGUCAGUUUGACUAAGAGGUUUAAAGCCCUUGUGUCUUCGAGUGGCUCCUCCACAGACCACCAUGUAAUUGACACAUGCAGUGAGGAUGUCAGUCUGCCCACCAGGAGUAUGUCAGUUGUGAGCGACACCAGUUUGAAGAGAGCCUCUCCUCUCCAUGGUUGUGGAUUGAGUGGAAGUUGUGACCCUCUUGUGGCUCUACAAGACGGAACAGUGGCAUUCAGCCAAGAAGGCUUAGGCAAAACUGCAAAGAAGACACUGAUCCUAAAUGUGAUCAAGUGCAGAUUGGCCAACUCUGAGAGUUCAUCUGUUGGGCAGAAUGCAAGUGAGGAGUGUCUGAUAGCCACUAACAUGUUAGACUCUCUACUGGAGAGCCUUGACCUGUUGCCUGACAUGAGCGCUGCCGAUGAGAUCACAAGGACAGAAUGCCAUACCUCUAAUGCAAUGGACAAGACAGGUUCACAGUCAGCGCUUGUGAGCCAACAAGAAAUGAACAUAUCUGACACCGGUAUCAUAGUGAAAACUAUAAUGGACACAUUGAAGACAGACGACCCAGAGAUGACUUCAGCAGAAGAAAAUCUGGAUAGGCUUCUGUCAAUUGAAGCCCUUCAAGAUGCGUCUGGCAACCUGAUCGCAAAGGUCCAUGGUCUCAUUCAGGAGAUAACCAUAAGCCGCCAGCUUCAAUCCAUGACUGGCCAUAGAAGCCUCUCUCAACCAGCGCUGCCAAAGCCAGCACUGAGGAAGCUGUCAAAGGACGAUGCGUCAGAGCUCAUUUACAGCUUUGCCCACACUUCUGUUAGCAGACUCCUGGGGCAGUGUUUGGGUAGGCCUAUGCCACCCACUGCUGACAGGGUUUUGGAUCAGGUCAUCAAGUUGAUGACAGACAUGGUGAUGGACAGUCUGACUGAUCUGUCCAAGUCUGCAAUGGAGGGUGACACCAGCAAUGCCGCAAGUGACAUCACUCAUGGCGUUGUGGCUGACCUUAAUGCUACUGAGGAAUUCCCUGCCAGGGGCCUUAGCCCGGCUGAUGUAAAGGCUGACGGCAUGGCCCGCCUUCCCUCUGCCAGAGGGGAAGAGACUAAGAAGAACAGGAAGUGGCGCUUCCUACCCAAAAUUGGCACGAUUCCAAAGAUCAGGAUGAAGCUGUUCAAGACAAAAGGGGAAACGAAGAGCCACCCUGAACAGGAUGCGCUGCCUACCAAACGUCUCAGAGAAACUCGUAUUUCACAGAAUGCUGGGUGUGAGGUUCCAGAGGUUCCAUCCACUUCCCCACCCAAGGAGGACCUGACAACCACACUGGCCCCUGCUCCCCAGGAGUCCCAGUCCCGUAAACACCCUCUCUUAGUCAGGGUGUUACGAGCUAUCUCCAGAGCCGUCUCCAAACCAUUCAGAGGAGCUUUUGGGAAGAAGAAUUAGCCAAAUGCCUGAUUUUAUUACUAUUUUAAUCAGAGCCUUUAUUUAAUAAAACAUUACUGCAUUGA